GUUUUCGUACGACGUACUUAGUUUAGGCUUAGUGACGUUGGUACAUAAGUUGAAUAGUGCAAUCAUGUCCGUUUCUGGUGAUUCUUUUGAUGAUGUUAACGUUACUGAUGCUGAGAAACUUCGAAAAGCUGAAUCCCGUAUUCGCCUGUUGGAGUCGGCUUUAACGAGCAUGCGCAUGUUGCAGGCGAAUACCGUUGAUGCUAAGGACUACUGCGAACCUGAAUUUGAGUCGGAUGCUCUUAUUAAUGAACGUUCGCGAUUUAUUCCGGCCGACGAUUGUGUGCUUUCUCCCGAAGUUGCCAUCUGCUCGUCGUUUGUGAAGCCUGUUUAUAGGGGUCCGCACGUCGCAUCCGUAGCUCAGUUGGUUGGUCCGUUGGCAUCCGACAGUACCGGCGUUCGAUCCCAGUCGGGAGCGUUUUGCUCCGGCCUUCAAUCUGACGGUAACCUGUGUCCGGAACGCAAAUCCAGUGAAUUUGGACCCAGCACGUCAUCCUGUCUUCCAAAACGUGAACUGAUAACAUUCGAUGGGGAUCCUGCCCGCUAUUGGAUGUUUAUGCGAUGCUUCGAAGCCAAUGUUUCCAGAACUACUUCCGAUCCAACUAUCAGGCUUUCAUAUCUGAUACAAUACUGUUGUGGCGAAGCCAAAGAAGCUAUCGAAAGUUGCUUAAUACUCGACCCUGGUGAAGGUUUUGAAGAAGCAAUGAACAUUUUGCGCAGACGCUUCGGACGGCCCCAUAUGAUUGCUAGGACUCACAUUAAUGCUUUAACUGAUGGCCCUAACAUCAGGCCCAAUGAUUUCACAGCUCUGUCUCGUUUAGCUGUGGAACUGCGUUCGUGCUACUUGACGUUGAAACAGUUGAGGUAUGAAUCUGAUUUGAACGCGUCCAGAACAAUCAGCUCUAUCGUCAGGAGGCUGCCUAACCAUCUGCAAUUCAAGUGGGCCGAGCAUGCCGCCAGAGUUAUCCGCACCGAAAGAGAACCGAACUUCAUUGAUUUGACAGAUUUCGUGGAUGAAACCGCAGACGUCGUCGAUACUUAUUUGUCCUUUGCCGCACGUCCCUGCGGACUACCGGCCAUCACCGAUAGAGGCAGAAGCUUAAACUCUCAGGGAUAUGCCGCUUGCCUAAACAUUGCCGCUUCAUCAGAACGAAAUUUCCCUAAAUGUAUUUCCUGUGAACAACGCCACUACUUAGAUCAGUGCGAUGAUUUCCGAAAUCUCAACCUCAACAAACGUCUUGAAUUCUGUCGCGCUCAUAGACUGUGUCAGCUCUGUCUCAAACCGAAUCAUGACCUAGUAAAUUGUCGAUCACGAAGGUGUUGUGGGUCGAACAAUUGUAAGCUGCUGCACCACCCGCUACUCCACGUUGAUCGAAGCAACUUCGGAACACCAACCACUGAAGGAUCCAGUUUUGCUCUCAGUCACAUCGAACGCUCUGUUGUGUCGCUUGGCUUGUUACCUGUGCUUGUUUCUGGGCCUGCUGGCACCAUUCGAACAUUAGCCUUAAUAGAUAAUGGAUCAGAUACUUCACUGAUUGAUUCAACAUUACUUCAAGUUAUCGGGGUUCAAGGGUCCGUGACUCCACUUAACAUUAGCACCGUUGCUGGCCAAUGUCAAGUGGAGUCCCAGUUGGUUAGUGUAACUGUUCGAUCUAUAGAUGGGGAUGAGGCGGUCCAAUUAAAUUCAAUUAGGUCAGUCAGUCAUCUCCCUGAAAAACUUGGAACGAGAAACAGGAACAACGAUUUCGCCAGAUGGUCCCACCUCUCCGAUCUACGGUUACCGGAGUUGAAAGGAAGGAUCGAACU